AUGGAGAAACGUGACUUUGUUUCCGAAGGCAGCGAGAUUGAGGAAUCUAACAUACUCAGCUCUGUUGUCCCUAUAAUGCUCCGGUCGAGUUACUGCACAUUAUAUCAGAAUUCAGAGAAGGUUUUGACGGAGCUGGGAGAGUGUCCAUAUGAUCAAGGUGGGUAUUUUAUUAUCAAUGGGAGUGAAAAGGUUGCACUGGACUACAUCGGGAAACGAGGGGCCCCUGUCGGUGUCACAAAUGAAAAGAGGAUCAAGUAUGCCAAAGAGAUCCUCCAAAAGGAAAUGCUUCCUCAUGUUGGUGUAGGAGAAUAUUGUGAGACAAAGAAAGCUUACUAUUUUGGGGCAGAGGAUGAUAGGGAUCACUAUGGCAAUAAGAGACUCGAUCUUACUGGUCUUUUGCUUGGUGGCCUCUUUCGAAUGAGUGUUGACAAUGGGAAGGGUGUUAAUCUGCAAUUUGCAAUUAAAGCGAAACCAAUUACUAGUGGCCUUAAAUACUCACUUGCUAUUGGGAACCGGGGACGGGCAAAUGCAGCCGGUGUUAAAUCGCCUAACAUAUGGCUCCACUUUGUCACACUUGUGAAGAUUGAAUUCUCCAAUAGGGCGAGAAGGUAUUUUAGUUUUCUCUGUCAUUGUUUGUUCAAUGAUGCUGUUAAGGGGAAACUAGCAAAACCAUGGCAGUUGCACAAUUCCCAAUGGGGAAUGAUGUGCCCUGCAGAAACUCCUGAAGGACAAGCUUGUGGACUGGUAAAGAAUCUUGCACUGAUGGUGUAUAUAACAGUUGGAUCAGCAGCAUAUCCCAUUUUGGAAUUUUUGGAAGAACGGGGUACUGAGAAUUUUGAGGAAAUCUCUCCUGCAGUGAUUCUACGGGCUACCAAAAUAUUUGUUAAUGGUUGUUGGGUUGGCAUUCAUCGUGGUCCUGACAUGUUGGUGGAAACCCUGAGACGGCUGAGGAGACGGCCCCAUAAUUGUGAGGUUUGA